CUCAAGCCAAUAAGCGUAAAGCGAGGUCUGCUAGGGGCGGGAUUAGUGCACGGCGAAGGUUGUGUGUGAAAAGUGUAUGAGUAACAGGAGCAGAGCGGGUAGUACGGUUAGCACUCCCUAACCUCCUCAAGAUGACCAAGCUGGGCUUCCUGCGUCUGUCCUAUGAGAAACAGGACACACUGCUGAAGCUGCUCAUCCUGUCUAUGGCUGCUGUCCUCUCAUUCUCAACAAGACUCUUUUCUGUGUUGAGAUUUGAAAGCGUCAUCCAUGAGUUUGAUCCGUACUUCAACUACCGUACCACCCGCUUCUUGGCAGAGGAAGGGUUCUACAAGUUCCACAACUGGUUUGAUGACACAUGGUAUCCGCUGGGGAGAAUCAUCGGUGGUACCAUUUACCCAGGACUGAUGGUUACCUCUGCCGCCCUGUACCACAUCCUACAUUUUUUCCACAUCACUAUUGACAUCCGUAACGUCUGUGUCUUCCUGGCAACCCACCUGUUCUCUUCCUUCACUGCCAUAGUCACCUACCACUUCACAAAGGAGCUCAAGGAUGCAGGUGCUGGGCUUCUGGCUGCAGCGAUGAUUGCAGUGGUGCCCGGUUAUAUUUCUCGUUCCGUUGCCGGCUCCUACGAUAAUGAAGGUAUCGCCAUCUUCUGCAUGCUUUUGACCUACUACAUGUGGAUCAAGGCUGUCAAAACAGGCUCAGUGUACUGGUCGUCCAUGUGUGCCCUGGCCUAUUUCUACAUGGUUUCCUCCUGGGGUGGCUACGUGUUCCUGAUCAACCUGAUCCCCCUCCAUGUGCUUGUCCUGAUGCUCACUGGCCGAUUCUCCCACCGCAUUUAUGUGGCUUACUGCACUGUCUACUGCCUGGGAACCAUCCUCUCCAUGCAGAUCUCUUUUGUCGGUUUCCAGCCGGUGCAGUCGUCAGAGCACAUGGCUGCCUUCGGUGUGUUUGGACUGUGCCAGAUCCAUGCCUUUGUGGACUACCUGCGCAGCAAACUCAACGCCCAGCAGUUUGAGGUCCUGUUCAGAGCGUGAUCUCGUUGGUUGCUUCAUCCUGCUCUCUGUGGAGCUGUUCUCAUGCUGACUGGUAAGAUCUCUCCAUGGAAGGGUCGUUUCUACUCCCUACUGGACCCCUCCUAUGCUAAGGAACAACUCCCCAUCAUCGCCUCUGUCUCUGAGCAUCAGCCCACAACCUGGUCCUCCUACUACGUUGACCUGCAGCUGCUGGGUUUCAUGUUCCCAGUGGGUCUUUACUACUGUUUCAACAACUUCGAUGCCAGGAUCUUCAUCAUCAUGUAUGGAGUCACCAGCAUGUACUUCUCAGCUGUCAUGGUAAGAUUAGUUGGUCUUUGGUCCCCAGUCAUGUGCAUCCUGUCAGGCAUCGGCGUGUCCCAGGUUCUAACCCCUACAUGAAGAACCUGGAUGUCAUCGGCCAGACAGAAGAGCAAGAACAGCAGGACUUCCACCUACCCCAUCAAAAAUGAGGUUGCCAGUGGGAUGAUUCUGGUCAUGGCAUUCUUCCUCAUCACGUACACCUUUCACUCCACCUGGGUGACCAGCGAGGCCUACUCCUCUCCCUCCAUUGUCUUGUCAGCCCGUGGAGGCGAUGGUAGCCGCAUCAUCUUCGACGACUUCAGAGAGGCGUACUACUGGCUCCGCCACAACACCCCUGAGGAUGCCAAAGUCAUGUCAUGGUGGGAUUACGGCUAUCAGAUAACUGCCAUGGCUAAUCGAACCAUAUUAGUGGACAACAACACGUGGAACAACACACACAUCUCUAGAGUGGGACAGGCCAUGGCGUCCACAGAGGAGAGGGCGUACGAGAUCAUGAGGGAGCUGGAUGUCAGCUACGUCCUGGUCAUAUUUGGAGGACUGACGGGAUAUUCUUCAGAUGACAUCAACAAAUUCCUGUGGAUGGUGCGUAUCGGGGGCAGCACAGACACAGGCAAGCACAUCAAGGAGCAUGACUACUACACCCCAACCGGGGAGUUCAGAGUGGACCGCGAGGGCUCGCCUGUGCUGCUCAACUGCCUCAUGUACAAGAUGUGCUACUACCGCUUUGGCCAGGUCUACACAGAGGCCAAGCGCCCACCCGGCUAUGACAGAGUGAGAAACGCCGAGAUUGGGAACAAAGACUUUGAACUGGAUGUGUUGGAGGAGGCCUACACAACAGAACACUGGCUGGUUAGGAUAUACAAGGUGAAAGACCUGGACAACCGAGGGCUCUCAAGGACAUAAGACCUUCAAUCGAACAGCAGUCCAGCACCCCUUUAGCACACAGCACUGAACGCCUUCCCCUGUGGUCAGCAGAUGAGUGGGAAACAAAUACUUUUUAUACUUUUGUUCUGGGGGGGAGUGAAUUGCAGCAAAGAGAUUUUGUUUUUGUGGAUAAUUUUUGUUUUUUAUUUGUUACGAUGAAAUGUCUCAUCUGGGAUCAGGGGGAGCUGGUGUUAAAACGUCCAAUCUGAUAUCAGGAGGUGAUAUCUGCAAUCAAGUGGCCAACAGAAAUGAUGUUCAUUUAAGAGAGGUUUGGAUUUUUGCAAUGUGGUCAAUAAAAGUGGGAUUAAAUGUGACAAAAUGG